AUGGCUUCAAGCACCACACACAGUCCCAUGCUUCUGGUGUUUCCUCCAGAGCUCGCUAUUUCUAAAUUGCAACAAACGGGCCUAAUAGCCACACCCUAUGUGCCUAGAAAUGUCUUUUCAAAAAUACUUGCUUCAAACCUGAAAAUAUUUGGGGCUAUCCAGAUCCUGUUUGGAUUGAUGAUCUUUUCUUUUGGAAUCAUCAUGUUUUUCACCUUAGUAGAACCAUACCCACGGUUUCCCUUUAUAUUUAUUUCAGGAUAUCCAUUCUGGGGUUCAAUGUUGUUUGUUAAUUCCGGGGCCUUCUUAAUUGUACUGAAAAGAAAACCCACAGAAAAACUGGGAACUUUGACUAUGCUGAUGACCAUCACUGCUGUAGAAUUACUCAUUGCUCUAUCUUUCUUAAUCUUUGCGGGCCGGUAA